UGGAGAUGCAAUACCUGACGUGCAACCAGCAGAUCCCCUCACAGAAGUUCGCCCAUCAUCAAAUCAAAUGAUUUCAUUGCGGUUCUCAAGUUAAGUAUUAUUCAUUGCUUGGAGGUCGAAUGGAAUUAAAGUAUUAUUCAUUGCUUUCCACAUAUACAUUACAGCUAGAAUCGGAUGCUAGCUGUGCUACUCUUCUAACCAAAGCACCCCCCAAGAAAAAGCUACUUCUUGUUCUGUUCAGCACCUGGUGUCGUUUCCUGCUAUACUUUGGAAGAAACAACUUUUCAACUCCUCAUAUUCCUCAUAAAUCGUCAUUUUGGUGCUACAUUGAACGAUAUGAAUUUGCCUACCCUACAAUUAGAAUGAGCUUGUUGUGCAUCAUAAGUUAACUGGACUAAUUUGAAACAAACUGACCGCUUGUUUUCUUAAGCAUAUGGGAGUUGCAGCGGUUAAUUGGUAACUGGGAGCAAUACAGCCUUCGCAAGAAAAGAAGUGGAAUGACUGACGUGCAGUUUUGGACAAAAGUAGCUGCCUUGCCUGGCCUGCAAGGAUCAUUGAUCCACCUGCCCCAUAUCUUACCUCCUUGCUGCUUUUGGGAAACCAAAAGGAUAUUGGCAGGGACCAAUAUCUUCAGAACUAGCAUUAGCACCAACACCUCAUAUCACAACAAGAAAGCAACGAGAAGCAUGGAGGCGACGGCGGUUAGCUUGGGCAAGGCUGUGCUCGAUGGUGCGCUGGGCUAUGCUAAGUCCAAGGCGGCAGAGGAAAUCGCGCUGCAGCUCGGUGUCGAGUGCGAUGUGAACUUCAUCAAGGACGAGCUGCAGAUGAUGCAGGCGUUCCUGAUGACGGCCGAUGAGGAGCAAAGCCACAAUAAGGUGCUCACCACCUGGGUGAAACAGAUUGGGGUCCUGGCCUAUAAGGUGGAGGACAGCCUCAUGGAUUUCGGCCUCCACUCGGAGAAAAAACCAUUCUUGGGCUGCAUCCCCCGCAACCCAGGUGAUCGACGCCGCAUUGCCAAGGAGGUGAAGGAGCUGAGGGCCGAGGUGGAGGAUGUGAGCAACAGGAAUCUGCGCUAUCGCCUCAUCAAGGAGAGUUCAGCCUCUAAGCCUACCGCGGCAGAGGAGCAGGCCAGCAAUGCCACUGCAACACUGUUUGGCAUCAACGAAGCAAGACUUGCCGCCUUGGAGCACGAAAAAUCAUCAGAGGCAGACCUCCACCAGCUGAUUACCAGCAAUGAUGUGGACCUUAGGGUGAUCGCUGUUUGGGGAACUAGCGGUGAUCUCGGGAAGACGUCAGUCAUCCAGGAGGUUUACGAUGACCCGAAGGUAUUGAAAAGGUUUGGAUUCCGUGCUUGGAUUAGGUUGAUGCAUCCUUUCAAUCCACAGGAGUUCCUCCAGAGCUUGGUAAGGCAAUUUUAUGAAAAUUUCUAUGAUGAGGUUGGAAAGCCAUCUUUCAAUUCACAAGAGUUCCUCCAGAGCUUGCUAAGGAAAUUAAAUGAAAAUUCCCAUGAUGAGGUUGGAAAGCCAGAACAAGAAACAAGUGUUGGGGCUGUUCUGGCCAAGAUGGAGAAGAUGGAUCAAAGUGAUUUGAUCUGCGUGUUUAAUGCACAGUUGUGUAGCAGUAGCUACCUGGUUGUAAUAAAUGACCUGUCCACAAUAGAAGAGUGGCAUUGCAUUAGGAAGUACUUUCCGGACAACAAUAAACAAAGUAGAAUCGUCGUUUCUACACAGCAAGUUGAAAUUGCAAGCCUGUGCACAGAGAAACCAUACCAAGUUUCGGGGUUCAAGCAGUUGUCAUGUGAUCAAACUAUUUAUUUGUUCCACAAGAAGAAUUCAGAGGAGCGGGUCAGCAUGGGUUGUGUUAGUGUGGCAUUGUUUGACACCAAUGAAGCAAGGCUUGCUUCUAUGGAGAAGCAGAGACUGAAGGUUAUGCAUGAAUCAUGUUCUGUUGAGCCCAGUUCCAACUCAAACAAUGUUACUGCUACUGAGAAAAACACAGCAAUGCUCACCACUGAAAUACAUGAGCAAGACCAAGUGCCUAACAAUCCAGAUGAAGAAAAAGUUCAUAACUCAACUGCUACAAAGAAGUUUGAUCGCAGCAGGACUCUGGCACUGGCUGAUGAAGUACUCUGUGGGCGAGAAACAGAGAAAUCCAUUCUUCUCAAAUUAGUUGGCCAACCAGACAACAAUCAAAGCUGUAAGGUGAUCUCAGUUUGGGGAAUGGGGGGUCUUGGAAAAACCACUCUUGUCCGAAGCAUCUACCGAAGCCAGCAACUUGGUGACUGGAAACGCGCAUGGGCCACUGCACUGCGUCCUUUCAACCCUGAAGUACUCCUUAGAGAUUUGGUUUUUCAGCUUCAGAAUACUAUUCAAGAAGAUCCUGCUGGAUCAACAUCAACCGGAGCUGAAAAGAAAAGCAUAUCAGUGAUGAAACUUCCAGACUUGAAGGAUGAGUUAGCUCGGGUACUAAAAUGGAAAAGGUGCCUUGUUGUUCUUGAUGAUAUAUCGUCCACUUCUGAAUGGAAUUUGGUCAAAUCGUGUUUGGAUAAUGCUGGAAGGAUCAUAGUCACCACAAGACAAAAAAAUGUUGCGAAACAUUGUUCAAGAGAAGACAAGAACAUGUACUGUCUUGAAGGUCUGAAAGAUGCUGCUGCACUUGACCUCUUCAUAAAGAAGGUAUUCAAGGACAAUACUGGAAAAAAUGAUUUAGUCCCAGCUAUGAUGGAGCAAGCAAGACUCAUCCUACAUAAAUGCGAUGGACUUCCCCUUGCAAUAUCGACUAUUGGUGGAUUCCUAGCCACCAAGCCAAAAAAUGCUAUUGAAUGGAGGAAGAUGAAUGAUCGAAUUAGAACUGAAUUGGAGAUAAAUCCUGAACUUAGGACAAUAAAGACAAUUCUUAUGAGGAGCUAUGAUGGUUUGCCAUACCAUCUCAAAUCUGUUUUCUUAUACAUGUCCAUAUUUCCAGAAGAUCACAGAGUUAGGUGGGGUCGCUUGGUGAGCCGGUGGAUUGCAGAGGGCUACUCAAGGGAUAUGCAUGGCAUGACUGCAAUUGAACUUUGUCGGAGGUACUUUGAUGAACUCUUGGAUAGGAGUAUGAUCCUACCAGGGGAAGGGAUAGACCAAUACAGUCGGAAAAUCAAUUCUUGCCAACUUCAUGAUAUGAUCCGUGAAAUAUGCAUCUCAAAGGCUAGCGAGGAAAACCUUAUUUUCACAUUGGAGGAAGGAUGUUGUUUGAGCGACACACAAGGUGCCAUACGUCAUCUUGUCAUAGGCAGCAACUGGAAAAGAGAUAAAGAUGUGUUGGAGAGCAUGCUAGAUUUGUCACACGUACGGUCACUGACCGUUUUCGGAGAGUGGAGAUCAUUUUUCAUCUCCAACAAUAUGAGGUUCCUCCGAGUGCUUGACUUAGAAGACACAAUAGGGUUAAGAGAUCACCAUCUUGAUCAAAUCGGGCAGCUCCUUCACCUCAAAUACCUUUCCCUACGAGGAUGUUACAGCAUAUUAUGCCUGCCUAAUUCUUUGCAGAAUUUGAGGCAUCUCGAAAUGCUGGAUGUUAGAGGUACAAAUAUAAAUGAGUUGCCAACAAUAAUCACCAAUCUUCGGAAGCUACAGCGCCUUCGGGCAGAUGGUUAUUGGGACUAUGUACGUGGUGUCAAGAGAGAGGAUGACAUUGUUGAUAAGUAUUCACGUUACCUUCGUGUUUCCACAUAUCAAAGAUCCAGUGCUUUAUUGUCCAGAGGUCAUCUUUUCUUGAGACCACAAGUUUUAGAUGCUGCUUUGAACAGGUAUGAUAUGUUCAAUAUAUGCUGCUUCCAGGAGAUGGGGCUAGAUGGCGUUAUACUUCCUAGAGGGAUUGGUAAAUUGAAGGCCCUUCACGCACUAGGUGUUGUUGAUGUUUCCGGGAGAAAUGGAAAUGUCACUGUAAAAGAGUUUGGAGAGCUUACUCAGCUACAUAAGCUUAGAGUGGGUGGUGUGAGCUACAGAAACAUCAAUGAGUUAUGGUCUGCCAUUACUGGUCAUAAUCAACUUCAAUCUUUAUCAGUUGAAAUAGGCAACCUGCAUGAAGAGAGGAAUGAGUUAGAUGGCUGUUUGGGUGAGGAUUUGUUGCCACCAAGCAGCCUGGAGAGCCUUGCUCUGCAUGGUAAGCUAGUCAAUGUAACAGAAUGGAUCCAUACGCUUCAAAAUCUGUCCAAGUUGGUGCUAAGGAAUAGCAGAUUGGAGCAAGAUGAUGCCAUACAAGCCCUUGGCUAUCUACCAAAUCUUGAAGUUCUAUGCUUGAAGCAGGAAUCGUUCGUGGGGACAGCACUCCAUUUCAAGAGUUCAUCUUUCCCGAGUCUCAUGGUGCUGGAGCUCCUUGGAUUAUACAACCUGCAGUCCGUUCUGAUUGAAGAAGGCUCACUGUCUAAGCUCGAGCUGCUACAAGUUGGGUGCCACAAGUUGGGAACGGACAGAGAGCUGAAAGCAUUCUCCGGGCUGCCAGCCCUCACAAGCCUCAAGGAAAUUCGGUUGGAUAGUCAUUUUCUCAAGAAAACGUUGAAGGAAUCGGUGCAGAGGCAGGUAGCGGAGCAUAUGAAGCAUGUCAGAGUGAAUAUUGUUGACUAAGCUUUCUUUAUAUGUAUGAAUAUAUAGAUUCCAUUCGGAGACUAAA